CACCAGGGGCCUAUAUCAUGCACACCUGAGAGGGGGGUUAAUACUGUGUGAGGGGCGCUUGUGUGAGUUAGAGGGAGUUAGUGAGGGUUCCGGCUGCAAUGGUGACCCCGUCGCCUUGCAAAGAAGCAGCAGAUACUGCUGCUCCUCCUGCCAUACAAGCCUGCACCGACAGCGUGCUGGACAGUGUCCUGACCCGGAUUCUGCAAAGUGUGGACAGAAGCGAUGCACAGGGGAAUGUGAGGUGGCGCUUCCUGGCUGAGCCACUUAGAAAAGCGCUAAGGCAGUUGGACAGGAAAAAGAAGCUGGAGAUGCUCUUCACUCUCGACGAACUCUGGCAAGACUUGCUGUCCGCAUCGCCACAAGAGGUUCAAGCGCUGGUAGACUGCGGGUUCUUCAGAAUGCUGUGCUUGAACCUGCAUGAUUCGAACCCUGUGGCUUUCGUGCGCGUCGUGGAAGGCUUGAGCCACUGUGUCAGAAUCCUUCCAGAGCUGGUGGCGAAUGCGUGGGCGUAUGGGGCGGUCCGACCGGUAGCUGCAGUUAUUAUGGAAGACAGAAGGUUGGCCGAUACACAAAAGCUGAUUCUGGACAUGCAGCUUCAGCAUGCUCUCUACUUCUUAACAAGCAUGGGGGCUCCGCUAACAGCUGCGGAGAGUACCGCGGAAGCGCAAAAUACGAGCAGAAAGUGCUUCAACUGGUUCCUGAAGCAGGGCGUGAUCACCAGAAUGGCGGAGAUAUUUCGAAGGCAGGUCGGAAGAUGGAAAGGGACGGCAACUACAUCACUAUGGUGUACAGAGCGGCAGCUACGCUUUCGUAUGCAUCCCACUUUGCUCUUUCGGUGAAGGGGCCCACUGAUUUGGAGUGGCGACAGGCCCGGCUUGUCAAAGUGACGGUUCGCUUCAUGCAAGUGCAGUGCGAGAGGCAGCCGGAGCCAGGAGUCAAUGACUACAGACAAGGGGUCGUGGGACUCUGCGCCUCCCUCCUCCUGAUCAAUUGGCUGCACUUCACCGACCCUGAGUCGGAAGUCCGGAAGACAGGAAAGAAGGAGAUUGCUGAGCACCCGGACGUUCUGAAGGUGCUCCAAAUCUUGCAACAACUUGUGGAAAGUCCAGAUCCAUCAGUCGCCCGCAAUGCGAGGGACGGCUUCGUCGCCCUCGUGCGUCUCCUCACCUGCGAGCACGCGCGGCCGCUGCCCGACGGAACCGUCGAGACGGCGUUCCGCUUCAUGGGGGAUCCCUCGAUAAAACAGAGCGUGGGCCACUGGAUGUUCGUCAUGACGCGCAACUUUCGCGCCGGCACCCUGACCGCUGACUUUCUCCUGGCCCACUUCUUCCCGGGCUUCCUGCGCGCCUUUGCUGCCGACGCGCUCCGGCGAAAACCGGCUCGUGUCUACAACCCGGAGCUGGAGUUCCUUGUGGGGAUGGUCGUGUUUUUGCACGACUGCCUCUGGUUUUCCACUCCACCCGGCAAGCCCAAGAGGACGGAGAAACCACCGUACGGCCAGAUUGCUAUCCCCCCAAAGCUCCUCCCCAAGCUGUUAGACGUGAUGCUUGAUACCGGCGCGGUGGCUGCCGUUGCAUCGCUCACCGGCUCCGCGUGCUACCGCUUUGCGGGCAAGGUGUGCUUGGGCUUGGCCAAUGUGGCAGCACGCGGCUCGUCCUCAAAACUUAGGCGCUUUCACGAGCAGAUUAUACCUGCACUGAUGUCCACCAUCUUGGAGGGUUAUCAAGACGACGAAGUCGUCCGCUUCUUUCGGAUGGGCCUUCUACCUUACUGUACGAACGUGGUUGCUCCUAGCAUGCCGAACUUUCAGCUUGCACUGGCAAUACCACAAAAGAGUGGCAGCAACGGGGUUCUCGUGAGCUACAAUUGGGGCGAAAAUGUUGUGUAUAUUGAUGGUGCUGAUUCGCAAGAAAAGAAGAAAGUGCUCCAGCAAGUGACAGGUGACUUGCAACCAUGUUCCGUCGUGGCUGAUGACAUUGCCAAGGAUGAAGGAAGGAGACUAGCGCUGUACUACAAGCACCGCCAGGUUGUUUUCAAUGAUGGUCCAGCUGGAGAGUCGGUGCAAGAGUUGCUCAUGGCUCAGCAUCCUGGAGAAAGAUGUCCUGUCUGCAAGAUGCUUUUUGGGAGUGUCAAACCCCGUUGCUCAAGGUGUCGAGCGAAGAACUAUUGCAGCGUUGCUUGCCAAACGAAAGAUCGGCCGGAACAUAAGAACACCUGUAAGAAAAGUUGAUAGCUUCCAAACCAACGGCUCGCCUUUAGGUCAGCGCGCGCUUGAUUUUGAAACAUACUAAUGGGUCGCGAACCUCAAGUGCAGCCUAUCUAGACAGUUGCAUACCGCCGCGUCUUCACAAACCAUAAACUGUCGUUGUCAGAAUUGUCGCUUAAUUGUCAGUGUCUUCAUUUUCCAUAUGGUCUGCAGUCA